CGCUCACCCAACAUCUGGACAAACGUCUAGGGAGUUGCGCGGAGAGUCCCGGUACAUUAUAUCGUGGUCUAAUGGGGACCACUCAGCUAUAUUUCCAUCGCACGAACCCACUUGCCUAUACUCUACAAGCACAUUCAUAUCCAAGCUGCCUUCCUGUAUACUCCAUACUCUCCAAGUUCGCAAUGUCUCCCCCCGAGCCCGAUGGCAGUCAGAUUAGCACCAGUGACUUGAUCUUAAAUACUAUGUUCUUCCCACCCGUGGCGGUGUGGAUGAUUACGGGCUGCGAUACAAAUCUUUUCUGCAACAUUAUCCUGACAUGCUGUGCAGUGGUCCCUGGGCACAUCCAUGCGCUUUGAUUGAUCCGCAAGACAGCGAACAGGCGGGAUGGUGUGGGUCCGCGGGUGGAGGAUCUGAAUACGGACAUCGAGCUCACUAAAAACCUGGCACAAAUGGCACAAGCACAAGGUCAAGGUCAAGCGGUUUAGCACUCCACCGAGAUCCGCGAGAAACGCUGAGAAGCGGUAUUCAGAGGUGCGAUCGGUGUGCUUGAAUAGCAUCGGAUGGAGGCCUCACCUAGAACGCUCGUAGGUAAAUGCCUGAGCUGAUAGUAUUUCCCAAUCGCAUGUGGCCACCAUUAAUCCGCUAGCUGUGCAGGGGAACCCACCAUCGUCGCGGGAACCCAUCGAUACAGAAUCCAGUUCAAGAUGCAGCCUGUGAAACAGACGAAAGCAGGAAGGCAUCCAGAGACUCUGCAGUCACAAUUAUCAGAGAUAUUGCUGCAUCUGCCAGACAAGAGCAAAUGCCCGUCGUCAAUGUGAC